AUGCGCCGGCUGCGUGCGCUGGUCCUCCCCGAUGCAACCUGGCGCGAUGACAACUCCGCCGACGCAUGCGAGAAUAGGCUGUGCCGCAAGAAGUUCUCCAUGCUGUUCAGCAAACACCACUGCCGCUGGUGUGGGAGGAUUUUUUGCAGCGACUGCGCCCCCCGCACGGCCCCCUACCGCGGGGAGCUCCUGCGCCGCUGCAACGCGUGUCGACUGCCGGUUAUCUUCCGCAGCGUCUACGAUCCCCUGGCGCGUCGACGGGAUGGGGCUAUCGCGGAGCUCAUUUUCUCCUUUCUUGACAGUCUCUCCAUCAACGCCUUCCUGCAGUCGUGCUACACGGCCCUGUCGGAGUUUCACGUUAGCGGCUACGACUACUACGGCAGCAUCCAAGAGCGAUUUCCCUCCUUCUUUGAAGGCGCACGCAUUGGGAAGGGCGUCACGGGCACCGUGUACAAGUGCGAGGACCGCCGCCGGUGUGAAAACCAGCGUGUUGCACUCAAAGUCAUUACGAAAAGUUCAACCAUGUCGUUUGCCGCCUGGCGAAAAAUCACAACAGAGCUGGACAUCAUGAAGGAGAUUGACCACCCGAAUGUGGCACGCCUGCUGGAGGUGUUCCAGACCCCGCUUUGCCUCGUCAUUGUGAUGGAGGCCGGCGACGGCGGCGCCCUGAAGCAGGUGUGGGAGUUUGUGCGGACACGCCACUGCGAUUUAGAGGUGUUUACCGCCAGUGUAGUGGCGCAGAUAGCAGAGGGGCUGGACUACCUCUACCGCGUCAAACACAUUGUCCACCGCGACAUCAAACACGAUAACAUCAUCGUUUCCCGUGACUUUAGUAGGGUGCUGAUCAUCGAUUUUGGGCUUGCGGAGUACAUUACAAACGAGAAGCGUCAGUUGUUUGUGCCGUGUGGCACGUUUGGGUUUGCGUCGCCGGAGAACAUCCUGGCGGUGGUGGAUCAUCUGCGGCUCUUCGAGGCCUCCGGUGCCACCAUGCACCGCGCGGACAUGUUUAGUUUAGGCGUCGUAGCGUACAUGCUUCUCGCUGGGGUGCGUCCGCUGCAGGGGAAGCGGUUCGUGGAGCUGUACAGGGAGGUGCGGCGGGGAAUUCGCUGUGUGGGGCCGUGCUGGACCAACAUCUCGGACAGCGCCAAGGAACUUGUGGAGUGGCUGCUCAAGACCAGCACGAAUGAGCGGGCAACGCCGGAAGAUGUACGAAAACACCCGUUUAUUGUUAAUAAGGCGCCACUCAUCACGGAGAUUGUCAAGAAGCGCAGACAGGAGCUCCUCAUCACAAAACAGCUAGAGGACAACGAGUGGGUGUACGUUGUGCCAUCCAGUGGCCACGGGGAACCUGCCUGGGAGGAGGACGUGUCAGGCAUUAAUAAACGCAAUGGACGAUUUGGUUCCAGCCCACUCUUGCAGUUUAGGAUGAACCGGGGCACAGCGACCAACAAGGACGGACCCCAGUCACUGAUAAGAAGAAAAGAUGCGUGA